GAGCUUAGGAGAAAUCCUUAAGGGGUGCCAACCACAUGCUUGUCUUGAUGCAGGGCACUAGGUACCAACUCUCCCUCGCCCGUAAGCCUGCCAAGAAGAUCGAUGUGGCCCGAGUAACCUUCGACCUGUACAAGGUGAACCCACAGGACUUCAUUUGUUGCCUGAACGUGAAGGCGACUCUCUAUGGAACAUACUCCCUUUCCUAUGAUCUGCGCUGCUACGGGGCCAGGCGCGUCAUGAAAGAAGCUCUCCGCUGGGCCCUCCUCAGCAUGCAGGCCACAGGCCACAUGCUGCUCGGCACCUCCUGUUACCUGCAGCAGCUCCUGGAUGCCAGAGAGGGAGGGCAGCCCCCCAAGAGCAAAGCCCCAUCCCUCAUCCCGACCUGUCUGAAGAUACUGCAGUGAAAGCCCAGCCAAGGACUAGACCGGGGACCCCAUGCUCAGCUGGUAGCACCCACAAGCCUGGCAGCUAGAGAGCUUCUUACCUUCCCAACACCACCCUCAGCCCCACAGGAACAUGAAUGAUGAAGCAGGGGGAAGGGCCAGAAACCUGGGCUGGGCUGACCAAAGGAGAACUGAGGGCUUUUGGCCUGGCCUGGCUCCUUCCUGCCCCAGGUAGCUUAGUGGGCCAAGACUGGUCACCAGCAGGCUAUGGCAGGAAGGCUGCCCCUCAGUAACCCGUCUUCACGUGCUACACUUUCAUUACACUGCCUACCUCCCGGCCUCCCGUCCCAAAUGCUUCUGAGUGAAUUGUCAACCCACUCAUGUAUGAUACUAGAGAGUUCACAAUAAAUUAUUUAUGCUGAUACAUCUUCUUUGCUUCUGUUCUUUGCGAGGUGAGGGUGGGGUUCUAUCUGGAAAGUUGGUAAGGUCUUAGGGAAGAGAGAACUCUGUUGUCAGACCAUUCUCCAUAAUGUGGGGUUAUAGGAAACAGCACUUUU